AUGUCUGGUAUAAAAGUGUUGAUUCCCAUGUCAGAUUACGGCCAUGAUCCAACAGAAACCGCAAUUCCAUACACCACAUUCACCAAAGCCGGAUAUACCGUGCACUUCGCCACCGAAAGCGGUACCAUCCCAGCCUGCGAUAGUAAAAUGCUCGAGGGGAUCACCCAGAAGCUUCUCGGCGCCACCCAAGAAGCCGUCAACGCCUACAAGCACAUGUCCCAGACGAAGGAAUUCACAAGCCCUCUAUCUUGGUCUUCUGAUUCCUUUUCUCUCGACUCCUAUGAUCUCGUGUUUUUGCCUGGCGGCCACGAGAAAGGCGUGCGUCAAUUGAUUGAUUCGGAUGUUAUGCAUCAGCAUUUGAUUUCUUACUGGAAGGGUGUUGAGAAGCCAGGAAAGAAACAUGUAGGGGCAGUUUGUCACGGUGUUAUGGUUUUGAGUGAAACUUUGACGGCGGAGAAUAAAUCUAUCAUUCACGAUUGUGAUACAACGGCUCUUCCGGGAAUAUUUGAGGGGGCAGCCUAUUGGAGUACGAGAUGGGCGUUGGGAGAUUAUUAUAAAACUUAUGGAGCGGGGAGUGAGAAUGUAGAGACGAGUGUUAGGAAGAGGUUGGAUGAUCCGGGGAAGCAGUGGAAGCAUUAUGCUGGGUUGCAGCCAUUUGUGGUAGAGGAUGAGAAGUAUAAUUACAUUAGUGGGAGGUGGCCUGGAGAUGCCCAAUUAUUGGCGGAUAGAAUUGUGGAGUUGGUUAAGAAGAAUACAGAUAAUUGA